GGGGCCCGUCCCGGCAUGGCGGCGCGGCGGUGCGCGGGCGGCGCGGCCGCUUUAGCCGAGGCGCCGGGCUGCGGCGCGGCGGUGGAGCCGGCCAGGGAGCUGUUCGAGGCCUGCAGGAACGGGGACGUGGAGCGGGUCAAGCGGCUGGUGCGGCCCGAGAACGUGAACGGCCGCGACACGGCGGGCAGGAAGUCCAGCCCGCUGCACUUCGCCGCAGGUUUUGGUCGGAAGGAUGUAGUCGAAUACUUACUGCAGAGUGGUGCCAAUGUCCACGCACGAGAUGAUGGAGGCCUUAUCCCACUGCACAAUGCUUGCUCUUUUGGUCACGCUGAAGUUGUCAAUCUCCUCCUGCGGCACGGUGCGGAUCCUAAUGCUCGGGACAAUUGGAAUUACACUCCCCUUCAUGAAGCAGCCAUUAAGGGCAAGACAGAUGUCUGCAUUGUAUUGCUGCAGCAUGGUGCUGAACCGACCAUCCGGAACACAGAUGGAAGAACAGCUUUGGAUUUAGCAGACCCAUCUGCAAAAGCAGUGCUGACUGGUGAAUACAAGAAAGAUGAGCUCUUAGAAAGUGCCAGGAGUGGAAAUGAAGAAAAGAUGAUGUCUCUCCUUACACCAUUGAAUGUUAACUGUCAUGCAAGUGAUGGCAGAAAGUCUACUCCUCUACAUUUAGCAGCUGGGUAUAACCGUGUAAAAAUAGUACAGCUGUUACUCCAGCACGGGGCUGAUGUGCACGCUAAGGAUAAAGGAGAUUUGGUGCCACUUCACAAUGCCUGUUCCUAUGGUCAUUAUGAAGUAACAGAGCUUCUAGUAAAGCACGGAGCAUGUGUGAAUGCAAUGGAUCUGUGGCAGUUCACUCCUCUGCAUGAAGCAGCUUCUAAGAACAGGGUGGAAGUAUGUUCUCUUCUGUUAAGUUAUGGUGCUGAUCCAACACUGUUGAACUGUCACAACAAAAGCACCAUUGAUUUGGCUCCAACGCCCCAAUUAAAAGAACGAUUGGCAUAUGAAUUCAAAGGUCAUUCACUGCUACAAGCUGCAAGAGAAUCUGAUGUUGCUCGUAUAAAGAAGCAUCUUUCUUUGGAGACAGUUAACUUCAAGCAUCCUCAAACACAUGAGACAGCACUGCACUGUGCUGCCGCAUCUCCAUAUCCUAAGAGAAAACAAGUAUGUGAAUUGCUGCUGAGGAAAGGAGCUAACAUUAAUGAAAAGACAAAAGACUUCUUGACACCUCUGCAUGUGGCAUCAGAAAAAGCUCAUAAUGAUGUUGUUGAAGUAGUUGUGAAACAUGAAGCUAAGGUUAAUGCAUUGGAUAACCUUGGCCAGACCUCUCUUCAUAGAGCAGCACAUUGUGGUCACCUCCAAACUUGUAGGUUGCUGUUGAGUUCUGGAUGUGAUCCUUCCAUUGUAUCUCUGCAGGGCUUUACAGCCUUACAAAUGGGGAAUGAAAGUGUGCAACAACUACUGCAAGAAGGUAUCCCUCUAGGUAAUUCAGAUGCAGAUCGGCAGUUGUUGGAGGCUGCAAAGGCUGGUGAUGUGGAUACUGUUAAAAAACUGUGUACAGUUCAAAGUGUGAACUGCAGAGAUAUUGAAGGGCGUCAGUCUACACCACUUCAUUUUGCAGCUGGAUACAACAGGGUGUCUGUUGUUGAAUAUCUUCUUCAGCAUGGAGCUGAUGUGCAUGCAAAAGAUAAGGGAGGACUUGUUCCUUUACAUAAUGCUUGCUCAUAUGGUCACUAUGAGGUUGCAGAGCUGCUUGUUAAACAUGGUGCAGUUGUCAAUGUAGCUGACUUGUGGAAGUUUACUCCCUUACAUGAAGCUGCAGCAAAAGGAAAAUACGAGAUUUGCAAACUCCUAUUGCAGCAUGGAGCUGACCCCACAAAGAAGAACAGGGAUGGAAAUACUCCUUUAGACCUCGUUAAAGAUGGAGAUACUGAUAUUCAAGACCUACUUAGAGGAGAUGCAGCUCUGCUUGAUGCUGCUAAGAAAGGUUGUUUGGCUCGGGUGAAAAAGCUCUGUUCACCUGACAAUGUCAACUGUCGGGACACGCAAGGGCGGCAUUCAACACCACUCCAUUUAGCAGCUGGUUACAACAAUUUGGAGGUUGCAGAGUACCUGCUACAGCAUGGAGCAGAUGUGAAUGCCCAGGAUAAAGGAGGUUUGAUUCCUCUGCAUAAUGCUGCAUCUUAUGGGCAUGUGGAUGUGGCAGCUUUGCUUAUAAAGUACAACGCGUGUGUGAAUGCUACAGACAAGUGGGCUUUCACACCUUUGCAUGAAGCAGCCCAGAAAGGAAGGACACAGCUUUGUGCCUUGUUGCUGGCACACGGGGCUGAUCCUACACUGAAAAACCAGGAAGGACAAACACCUUUAGACCUGGUCACUGCAGAUGAUGUCAGCGCACUAUUGACAGCAGCAAUGCCUCCUUCUGCCUUACCAUCUUGCUACAAACCUCAGGUUAUAAGUGUAUCUCAGACAGCAGGUUCUACAGCUGAUCCCCUGUCAUCUGUUCCAUCCAGUCCAUCCAGUCUGUCUGCUGCAAGUAGUCUUGACAAUUUGUCUGGUAGUUUUUCUGAACUUCCAUCAGUUGUUGGUACAAGCAGUGCAGAGGGAGCUACUGUUCUGGAGAAAAAAGAAGUCUCAGGUGUAGAUUUCAGCAUAAAUCAGUUUGUGCGGAACCUUGGCCUUGAACAUCUAAUUGACAUAUUUGAGAGAGAACAGAUAACACUUGAUGUGUUGGUUGAAAUGGGACACAAAGAAUUGAAGGAAAUCGGAAUUAAUGCUUACGGCCAUAGGCACAAAAUCAUUAAAGGAGUUGAAAGGCUGAUUUCUGGACAGCAAGGACUUAACCCAUACCUGACUCUAAACACCUCCAGUAGCGGAACUCUUCUCAUAGAUCUUUCCUCUGAAGAUAAGGAGUUUCAGUCAGUAGAAGAGGAGAUGCAGAGUACUGUCCGAGAGCACAGAGAUGGAGGACAUGCUGGGGGAGUCUUCAAUAGAUACAACAUUUUAAAGAUUCAGAAAGUCUGCAACAAAAAGCUGUGGGAAAGAUAUACUCACAGGAGGAAAGAGGUCUCUGAAGAGAAUCAUAACCAUGCUAACGAAAGGAUGCUGUUUCAUGGCUCCCCGUUUGUGAAUGCAAUCAUUCACAAAGGCUUUGAUGAAAGACAUGCUUAUAUAGGUGGCAUGUUUGGAGCUGGGAUUUAUUUUGCUGAAAAUUCUUCCAAAAGCAAUCAAUAUGUGUAUGGGAUUGGAGGUGGCACUGGAUGUCCAAUUCACAAAGACAGAUCCUGUUAUGUUUGCCAUAGGCAGUUGCUGUUUUGUCGUGUAACACUGGGCAAGUCUUUCCUGCAGUUCAGUGCUAUGAAAAUGGCCCAUUCUCCCCCUGGACAUCACUCAGUUACUGGGCGACCCAGUGUAAAUGGACUGGCAUUGGCAGAAUAUGUCAUUUACAGAGGGGAGCAGGCUUAUCCAGAAUACUUGAUUACUUACCAGAUCAUGAAACCUGAAGCCACCACUGAAGCUUAAGACAAAUUACGUUUGAGAAACCAUCAGACUUGGAUGUGAAGAUACCAAUGUCUGCCAUCCUGUUAACUGCAAUGAGUUGUUGAAAAAAAAAAAAAUCUUCCAUCCACAGGUGGUGUGGUAGCAAAUGUGAAUAAAAUCUGCCGUUUUUGACUUGAUAAAGCUUUAAUAAUGUAUAGUAUGUUUUUCUAAAAUUUCAGAAUUGUCCUCUUUUUCAGCACUUUAACAGACACCAUUCCAGGCGUAAACUGCGGUUUGCCUGUACUAAAUUAAAACAAAAAUUAACUUGAAACAAUGGUUUUAU